GAUAUUUUCUCUCAGAUAUCAGAUUCCAACGGACUAAUGAUAUUUACCAAGUUUGACCAGUUUCUGAAGGAAGUUCUGAAACUCCCAACAGCCGUGUUUGAGGGGCCUUCCUUUGGGUACACGGAGCACUCCGUACGGACCUGCUUCCCACAGCAGAAGAAGAUCAUGCUAAACAUGUUCUUGGACACGCUGAUGGCUGAUCCUCCUCCCCAGUGCCUUGUGUGGCUCCCUCUCAUGCACAGACUCGCCCAUGUUGAAAAUGUCUUCCACCCCGUGGAGUGCUCGUACUGCCACUGUGAGAGCAUGAUGGGAUUCCGGUACCGGUGCCAGCAGUGCCACAACUACCAGCUCUGCCAGAACUGCUUCUGGAGAGGCCACGCCAGCGGCCCCCACAGCAACCAGCACCAGAUGAAGGAGCACUCCUCCUGGGUAACUGGGGCUGGAACGGCCUCCCCCUGCUAACUCCUUCUGGAAGUUACAGCUUUUAGCCUAGAAAUCCUCAGGGGGG